AUGCACUUCUCACCGAGGAGGCGGAAAACCGAGCCGCCUGUCCGCCACGGUGACGUGGAGAAGCAACCAGAGGCAGCCAUGCGCUGGCUAGGCCUGUGUCUAAACAGGAAGUUGACAUUCAAGACACAUGUCGAGAAGUGGACAGCCAAGGCCCAGACGGUCGCCCACCACCUCCGGAGCCUAGGGAACACCCGGCGCGGCGCCCUGCCGAGCGCUGUGCAGAGGGCAGUCAGAGCCUGUGUCGAGCCGAUACUGCUCUUCGGCGUAGAAGCGUGGUAUCCAGGUACAACGUCGCCACGCUGGAGACGACCAUCAAAGGAAGGACCGUCCAGAGUCCAGCAGCUUGCGCGGAAAAUGAGCAAGGCUCUCAAGCAGGCCAUCCGAGCCAUUCUCCCAACCUGGAAGACCACACCGAUCGCUGUCUUGCACCGAGAGAGCGGCAUACCCCCCGUCCACCAACUUCUGGAGGCAAGACGUCUUCGCUUCUCUGCUCGCAUCAAAUCACUGGACUAUGCACACCCUCUGGCCAAACGCACCGCCGAGGGGACCAUGCACAUCCUCUGGCCAAACGCAGCACCGAGAUUGCGCCUCGGCCCAUCAUCAAGUGCCUUCCCAACUCGGCUGAGGAGGACGAACAAAUUGCUGGCGAACUGCCAGCGCCCUGUACUUGUCCCACGGAAGUACAGAAGCGAAACACCGCAGCCGCUUCAAACUGCAUCCAAAGAAGACUCAGCCAAACACUUUCUCGAUUGGCUACAAUCCAUCCCGCCGUCUACACUCAUUGUAUACUCAGACGGCUCGCUGUCCCCUACCGGUGCAGCUGGUUAUGGCUUCACUGUCCACCAGAACGGACAUUCAAUCCGCCAUGGGGCCGGACGCCUCGGUCCUGCCGAGGGAUGCCUAACGGUUGGCCAUCACCCUGGAGUAUUUCGAGAAGCAGAAGUGGUCAUGAUCCCCAAGCCGGGAAAGAGAAAUCUGUCGACCCCCAGGGCAUGGCGCCCUAUCUCUCUGCUCUCCUGUCUUGGGAAGGGCCUUGAGCGGCUGAUCGCUCGCCGUCUAGCGUGGGCAUCGAUUCAUUAUGCAGUCCUCCACCCACAGCAAGCCGGCGCGCUCCCGAAACGGUCGGCCGUCGACCCAGUCGCCCCGAAACGGUCUGCCGUUGACCUGGUCGCCGCACUCAUUCAUGACAUCGAAGAAGCAUUCGCACGCGGAGAGGUGGCCACACUGGUCACUGCAGACAUUCAGGGAGCUUUAGACACGGCCAUGUGCAACAGGCUCGUCCUGAGGCUCCGUGAGCAAGGCUGGCCGGACAAUCUUGCGCGGUGGGCAGGCUCGUUCAUGAGCGGCCGCUCCGCAAGAGUCCGAUACCAGGACAUCACGACACCGACGACGCCAUUGCAGUGCGGCCUCCCUCAGGGCUACGACACCAUUGCAGUGCGGCCUUCCACAGGGAUCGCCCGUGUCUCCGAUCUUGUUUUUGCUCUACACCGAACCGAUCUAUCGGUUAGGCAAUCCCGAAGGACGGUUCGGUCGCCGGAAGAAACAUCGCGAACAGCGUCGGAAUAUCUUCAAGAACUCGUGAACUGGGGCGCCGCCAACAGCAUUUCAUUCGAUCCAGAAAAGACAGAAGUCAUGCACUUCUCACGGAGAAGGCGGGAAACCGAGCCGCCCGUCUGCCAUGGUGAUAUGGAGAAGCAACCAGAAGCCGCCAUGCGCUGGCUAGGCCUCUGGCUGGACAGGAAGUUCACAUUCAAGACUCAUGUCGAGAAGUGGGCAGCCAAGGCUCAGGCGGUUGCCCACCACCUCCGGAGCCUAGGGAACACCCGGCGCGGCGCCAUGCCGAGCGCUGUGCAGAGGGCCGUCAGAGCCUGUGUCGAACCGAUUCUGCUCUUCGGCGUGGAAGCGUGGUCGACAAGACCGUCCCCAACGUUCCCCCCUGGAGCAAUGACGGAUACAUCUGCAACGCGUGGGGGCUUUGUUGCGUGUGACCGAUCGGCCAACCACUCUGACAUGGUCGCCUUGCGAGGCUCAUGCAACGACACUAUCUGGAACUUGACGUUUUGUUGGAUUGACCUUGUCCUCGACGUUCCCGACUGGGCUGUUGUCCUCGAUAUUCCGCACUGGGCUGGUGUUCCCAGCAGUGCCCGCUUGGUUGUGUCCUCGACAUUGCUCGCUUGCUAUAACGCAAUGAAACGUGAUUUGCGUACUGUGACUGCUGCUGCUGACGCUGUUGUUGUUGAUGCUGAUGCUGAUGCUGAUGCUGUUGCUGUUGCUGAUGAUGUUGCUGAUGAUAUUGCCGCUGCUGUUGAUAAUAAUAGUAACGACAGUGAUAAUGUUAUUAUUAUUAGCGAUAAUAAUGAUGGUGACGGCGACGACAACGACGAUGACAGUGGUAGUGGUAGUGACAUGGAGUCACAGCACCGACAAGACAAGCAUGCUACGCCGUAG